AUGCCUCAAUCUCAAGAUCGCACUAGAAAGCUUAAAAGCAGCAAGCAUAACCAAAACUACCAGAACAUUCUUAGGUCGACGCCAAUUACUCUUAGAAUUCAAAACUCAAUAGGGGAAGAAGAGGCUGUGCUAAUAGAAAAAUUAAGUUUAAUUAACUAGCAAGCGCAGCAUUACAGAAAUCAUCAUCAGCAUGCUGCAGGGGCUCAGGAUGGAGGAGUUGCCUAGCAACAGGAACAAGAAGACCAGUAGAAUAACAACUCAGGCUCUUCUCGUCCACCCUCCCGCAUUUCCAACGAAGCCUUUAAUAGGACUACCAAUAAUUGCAUACUGAGAAUGAGUCCGUAGUCUUAGCAAAAGUUCUUCACAUCACUCGAGAAAAUUUAUAAGGAACAAGAUUAUUAAAAACUGAGAUCUGAUUUUAUAGAGGAGCCUUACUCCCCAGAGUACACUAUAGUAAGAGCUCUUGACGAUUCAUGCGUCUUAUUUGCAGUUAAAGAGAACUAAUCUUCGCAAAAUGGCUUUGACAAUACUCGAUUUUUUGAAAGCGAGAAUAAUUCAGGUCAGAAUUCUGGGUUUAAGAUGCAAUCACCAAAUGUAAACAGAAAUUUCUAUGAUCAAGAAGUGGAAUGCCUCAAUGAUCCAGAGAUCAUAUAGCAAUUGGCACAGAGACUGCAAAAUAUUGAGAACUAAGAAAAUGUUCCCAAUGUGAGAAGGAAUGAACUCAAAAAGGAAUAGCAGAUGAGAGGAGGUCUGCUUGUUGAGUCAUUUUCAACUGAUCGUUAAUUCCUUAUGAUUCACCCAAGGAAUUUGAAAAAGCUUACACCAACGCUUAAAGCUCCACAGAUAAGCAGACAGCCUUCAAUAAAAAGCAUAGAUUACUUCGAUCUCUCGAUUCCUUAUCAUGCAGUUAUACUUUGCCAGAGACUGCUAGAUUUGAGAAAUUUAGAGGAAGAAAGUAGCCAGGAUACUAAUGAGGAAAAUUAAUAAUAGGAAGCAGUGGGAGAAUAACAAAAUGAGUAGUUGGAAGAUCAAGUAUAAGAAAUACCACAGUAGAUGUCAGUUGAUCAGCAGACUUCAGUAUUUGAAUCAUAGGAGCAAUCAAAUUAAGUGUCUGCUCCUAAUUCUCAUAACAAAACACCACUACCUUCUUUAGUUCCUCCUUCAAGAGGCGAAAAUCAAGAAAUAGAUAUUGAUCUGCUCAUCAAUAAAUUGCUUGAGAUACCUCAUGAUGAACUUUUGGACAGUCUCCUGAAUCUAUCAAUAAAUGAAAACGAUGUAAAUAAUAAUAACAAUGGAAGCAAUAACUUGUAAAACUAGGAACAGCAGAAUGAUCCAACUCUGUAAAACAGUGUAUUCCAUUAGUAGGGGAGAGACUCAGAUUAGAAUUCAGAUUUUACCUCAUCAGGGAUCUAAACACCUGGCUCCAACAGUUUUUCUACACCAAUUUAAGCCAAAAUCUUCUAUGAAAAAGGCAACUUAAUCAAUGGCGGCAAAUAGCAAAGAGGUCUAGAUCUAAGAAGUCCGUAGACUAAGUUUAAUCUGAUGAGGAAGCUUUAAGAGGUAAAGGAACUCAAUAACUCAUCGGAUGAAGACGAGAUUGCCAAUCAUACUAUAGCUGGCUCAUAAAUGGAUGAAAUGACAAGAUUUAACAAUGGCAUGAGUUCAAUGGAUAAUACCAGGAUUUUAUCUCACAAUGGAACAUAAAUUCACACGGGUAGAGGUAUGACUAACAAUGGAGGCCAGUAAAUUGACUGCAGAAUAUAGAAUGAUUUCUCCAGACUCUUUAUUAACGAAGAAGAUGAAGAGGAAAAAGAGGAAGAUGAUGGCUAGGUUGAAGAGAGUCCUGAUGAAUGCAGAAGUAUACAGGACAAAGAAAGGGAAACAACAAAGCCAAUAUCUUUGAUAUCUCCCCAAAGAUCUCUUAACUCAACCUAUAGCUAGUUGCAAUUAAGGAAUAUGAAUUAGCAUUAACCCUCAAUAGAGCUAUUGAUAUUAAAACUGAAAAUACUAGAGGAGAAGAGAUUGAGGUCUGGACUCAAUGGGGGAGCAGGGAGAUUCGGAACCUCAAGUAAUCCUAGAAUCACUCAAACCUAGAGUCAUUACAGCAGUGAAACCGACAGCCCUUAAAAGAUUGAAUAUAUAAAUGGAGCUGCUGGUGGAGGUGGACUAAGUCAGAGCCACAGCGUCAGCAAUUUUAAUGCCAAUAACAAUUCAGCCACUAGCUUACUGGAGUAGGUUAUUAAGAGACUGGAAAGUCUGAAGAGAAGCAGAGAUGCCUCAGUGUGA